CUGAUGUUGGCUCUGGUCUUUGUCUGGUGUUGUACCUGAAUGAUUGGGUUUUCUGGUUAAGCUGUCAUGGCUACUGUGAAGAGUUUCCUCACUAUCCUUUAUCUCCUUCUAUACGGCUGUUUCUGCACAGCUGAUAUUAGCAUCUCACAAGUCAGUCAAGUGGAGAAGGGCAUAUCAUUGUCUAAAGACUUUCUCCAAACUAUCAAUGUUGUUGCUGGUGCAAUUUCUGAAUAUAAAGAAAAAGAUCUUGCCUCACUCUUUGGCAUGCUUGGCAAAGUCUUUCAUUCUCUUGGCAAAGUUGCAGCAAGUAUUGGCUUUAUCGGGUCAUUAAUUAGCUUCAUAUUCGCAUUCAUUCCAAAAUCUAAUCCAAUGUUUGAGUUCAUGAAGGAACAGUUUGCUCAGGUCAACCGCAAACUCGACUCUCUCUCUCUUCAAAUAUCCACCCUCCAAACAGAAAUAGAAUGGACAACCUAUGCAAGCACCUACGGCAAAGACGAGAAUGUGAUCAAGAACUCCUGGGCCAAGUUAACAGAAUUCAUAAAGACCGCUCCUGUUGCCUCCACACAGGAGGAGAAGACCAGGCUGGCUGAGAGGUUCACCACUUUCUAUGAAAACACUGGCACAGAGAACAGCAUUGCUAAUUUUCACAGAUACCUCACGGAGAACAGUCCUGUCAGCUUGAAUAAGAACCUCUUAAAGCUUGUCAUUGAGAAAUCCAAUGGUGAUUUUAAUGUCCUGGUGCAAUACUCCACCUACUUCACCACUCUGAUGGUUUCAGGACUGAAGUUAAAUGUGUUUUAUUACAAAUUGAAGGGCUACGAUGGUGAAGCAAAGGCACAAGAAGCAGUUACACAACUGUACAACACUUUAUCAAGCAUACAGGAUGCCUUAAUCGAGUGUGCUGGUGACUUUGAGAAAUGGGCUUACAAAGACGCUGUGAAAAUUAGCAGUCAACGAUUCUCAGAUACCAAAACGCUAACUUCAGAUAUAAAGAAUCAUUUGGAGAGGAAGUUUCACUGGUUCAAAUGGGUAGUAAUCGCCCACUCAAAAGAAGCAAAAAAUGAGUUUACCUUUGGACGGUCAAUUUACGUCGAUGUUCAAGAAAAGACAUCAGUUCACUUAAUUCAUCAAGAAAAGGGCUCUGCUGUCGAUCAAAUCAUUAAGGAGAAUGUUAGAUCUAGUUUGCAAAAAGAAUUGAGUCAGAUUAUUCCUCUGCAGUGUGAAACAAUGAAGGCCAAGUUGCUCCAUAGGUUCGGCGCUAAAAUUAUAAGCCACACCCGGUUUCUUCACGCUGUUACAAAACCAUCAGAUUAUGCACAGACAGACAUGGCAGAUAUUGAGAUGAACUGUCAAUCAGCACAUAGAAACUUUAAUUUCUUCCUCAAAGGAAAGAAUAUUGUGGUGAAGCCUCCCUGCUCAGAUGUGAAUUGUAACAAUGGAGAAUGUAAAUCCAUCAAGGACACCACAAUUGUAUUCUGCAAGUGCCACAAGAUGUUCCAUGGUCCGGCUUGUGAGGAGAGCGUCCAAAAUAUUAUCAAUUAUGAAUCUCUUGAAGGUGAAAUCAAUGCGAUCAUGUUUAAACUAGUCCCUGAUCUGACAGCAAUUUAUUUUAGUAUUAAGGAGCUGAAGGACUACACAAAAGCAAUAGUUGAGUCUGUACGACAUGAUAUCCAGUGGACACAAAUCUUUGUAAAAUACAGCAAUGUGAUUCAGAAGUUCCGCUACAUCAACACACUUCAUACACAACUUAAAAACAGCACCAUAAACCAACGCCACUAUAUUUCUGAAGUUGGAGCUCAGUUCACAGGGGGAAACUCGUUUGAGUUUUAUCUCACCGACUUUCACCAGAUGAUGAUGGGCACUGGAUUUGGAGACAGACAAAACGUUCUGGAAUUUUUUCACAAGUCGCUGGUUCAGGACCAGUCUGGUGGACAAGCAGAGUGCACAAAAUACUAUAGUGAUCGGAUUGAUUAUUUUGUGCGCUACAUGUUCGCCCUUGAAAUGGAAGCAGUUUUACUCGCAUUUGGAUCUAUCACGCUUCACAAGAGUCCCCUACAGAAUACUUCGCCUACCACAGAUCCAGCCGCUUUUGGAAGACAGAUCAACCAUGAACCCAGCAUCAUGCCUCCUCUACCUGCGUCAAGCUCAUCUGCCCGUUCCUGUCAUCAGCAGAGACCCUUCACAGUGUUCUUCAUCAUCAUCAUCAUCAUCAUCACAGCAGAAUUGUUCACUUUUGUGUUCAUUGGUGAAUAUAGCUCAGUCUCUCUGAUAGUGCUGAUCUCUGCUGUUGGAUCUCUGUUGAUUGUAGCAUUUGGGAUCUUUUGCAUUUUUAGGAAACACAGAAAAAUAGACAAACAAGAUGUGAUUAUUGUCAAAACAGUUCAUUCUCAUUCAGAGAUCACGUAUGCAGAUCCAACAUCCUACAAAAGAAAAGCACAGAAAACAAGAGUUCAAGAGGAGGAUGAGGUGGUGUAUUCAGUCACCAUGAGACGCUGA